CACACCACCUAACCACAUACCAGCACCACAAUUGCACAUUACUACCAUAGAUACCCCCGGCAGUACUACUACCGCAUGGAGCGCGGCACCAGCGGUGGUCAGCAGCAGCAGCAUCAGUCGUCGUCGCACCACCACCAACACCAACAGCAGCAGCAGCAGCAGCAGCAGUCGCACCACCACCAGCAACAGCAGUCGCAUCAUCAUCAGCAACAGCAGUCGCGACAUCAUCAGCAUGUGGUGGCGGUGCAUAGCUUUGAUCCGUAUUUGACUGCCGGCGGGGCGGAUGAGGAGCAUACAUCGGGCACCUCGUCCUUUGACAAUCCCGCCACUAAGAAGAAACCACCCAAGCUGAAGCCCAUCCAUCGAUCCCUGUCCAUGGCCAUCGAUAAUUAUGCACCGACGUCGUCUUUGGGUGAACUCGAUUAUGACAUGGAAAUGGGCAUGGAGAUGGGCAUGGACAUGGAUCUCGAUACGGAAUUGGAUAUGGAGGGCGAGGGGAUUGUCAUCAGUGAGAAGCCGCUGAUCCACCGCUCGGCCUCGCCCCUGCCCCAUUCCCGAUCCGGCGCCCUACCCCCGCAGACCCUAGCAAUCCCAGCACAUCAGCAACAGCAACAGUCCUCCCAUCCUAGCCUGCAGCGUGGCGGCAGUGGUAGUGUGUCGCCAGCGCUAUCAGCCCGACAGCAACACCAACAUCAUUUACUCCAACAACAACAACAACAACACCAACAACAACUUCAGCAACAACAACAACACCAACAGCCACACCAACAACAAGCGCAACAUCAGUUGCAUUUACACACUUUUCAGCAACUGGCCGCACAGGCCGCUGCUGCACGGCAUCCGCACCAGCAGCAUACACUAUCGCACCGCCAACAACAACAACAUCCGCAUCAGCUUCAACAUCCGCAACAACAACAUCCGCAUGCGCACCCGAAGAGCUCACCAACCUCACACGCUGUUAGCCCAGUGCUGGGCCAACAGCACCGACAGCAGCCGGACAUUUAUCUGGUCAGCAGCAGCAGCAGCCUGGGCGAUGGUGUCGGUGUGGCCAGUCUGGGAUUGGGCAUGGGGAUGGGGAUGGGCAUGGGCAUGGGACGAUCGUUGGGCGGGAGCACAUCGCCCAUACAGUUCAUCGAUGUGGACGAUGUUGUGCCCGGCCAAACGAUUGCCUCGCAACGACCCAUGCACACGCAUCCGCUGAAGAAGAAUCUGUUCCGGCGCUCCGACACCAUUGACGUCCAUCCGUCUACCAAUUUUCAGAUGAAGAAAACGCAUUCCUUCCACGCGCAACAGGAUCCCGCCGCCCUGGACCAAAUACAGCUGGCCGUGGCCGCCGGCUCGGGUGCCUCGAGUCGACGCACUAGCUCCGUACGAGGCAAUUUCCUAAUGCCUGGCCCACCGGCGGGUGCCAAGGAGAUCUCACGUUCGCCCUCACCCAGCCGGCGGGGCUGUCGUUCGCAUCGAUCCUUCAACGAUCCUGGGAGGAGGCCCAGUGUCAAGCCCGACUCGGUGGUGGAGUCGCAGAUACGGCAUCCUUCGCUAAACGAUGAUCUGAUGGAGCCGAUGAACGGACGAAAUCUUUUUGGGGCGCCCACCAAUCUGUCCCUGGAGAACGAACUGUUCGUGGACACGCGCUCGCGGAGCAACAGUCACACCAAAAUGGAGGAGCUCGGCCUGGCGGAGAUCACUGCCGCCGCUGUGGCAGUGCAGCGACUGCGCAAGCACUCCGGAGCGGGAUCCUUUGAGGAUGCGGCCGCCGGUCAUAGUGCCACCCACCCGCCUUCGGCAGCGAAUAGCGUGAAGCAGAAGCGGGAAUCACAUCAUCCCCACACCCGCCAGCAAAGUACCCACAGCCUGGAGCUGGAUGGACGUCCCUCGACCUCGGCAGCAGCAGCAGCGGCGGCGGCGGCAGCUGCAGCCGGCGGAGGACAUGGUCUGCAGCUUCACAGUGCGGCGGCGGCGGCCAGUGCGGCGUACCACUUCAAGCGGGGCGCCCAGCACGGUCGAUCGCUGUAUCUGUCGCCCAGCAAUCUGGAGGAGAUGGCCGUCCAUCGGCCAGGUGUUCUGGCCGCAGCAGCCGCCUUCCAGGGCACCAAUGCCAGUGCCAGCGUGAAACAGGCCAAGGCCCUGCACAGCGCCAGCGUGCGGCUGCGCAGCUAUCGGGAGACCCUCAGUGCCUCCAAGAAGUCCAAGAGCUUCAUCGGAGAUGCCAGCGCUGGCAGCGGUCCUCAGGCGGGCGACGACUUCGAGCUGAGCUCACCCCACCGACGCAACAGUCGCCCGCUGUCCACGGCCGUGCCUGGAUCGAGCAUCGAGGAGAUCAAGCGAAGUCCCAGGCCAAUUUCCGCCUCGGCUGCAGCGGCUGCCUUUAUCGAGGAGAAGCGACCCAGCUUCGAGCGAAAGACAUCGCUGACCUAUGACCAUGAGCUAAGCGAUGCCGCCUUUGCCGCCCAGGUGCUGAGGCCAUUUCAUCACAAACUGGCUGCUGGAAGGAAGGGUUCCGUGACCGGGGGUUCACACAAACUGAAGAAGAAGUCGCUCAGCGAUGAGACGGACGAGGACGAGGCGGCGGACCGCAAGCGCAAGCGCAUCGUGUGCAUCGUCCUGUCCACGGUGCUGUUGUGCCUGGUGUGCGCCAGCGUGUUCGUGCUGACCAUCACGCUGACCUCCAGCUCCGGCCAGGCCGGAAAGAAGGCGCACUCGUUCAGCAGGGACACCCCCGUCCACUGGACGGGCAUGCGACCAUCAUGA